UCUGCUGCGCUGCUGCGAGCGGCGGCCGCGCGACCAGUAAAGCGAGCGAGAGAGAUAGAGCAGACGGAAUAGUAGUAGUAGAAAAAGACAGGACUGGCCGUGAGAGAGAGAAAGAGAUUUCGCUCGUUCGCUCGCCUCAGUCUGUGCUCGUCCACGUCCACGCAGCGUGCACGCCGAUGCUCCGCUCCAGGCUCGUCAUCGUCAUUCCGCACGACAGUUGCUCCCGUGGCGGUGGUUGUCGUUGAGAGUGCGCGACGAGACACUGACUGAAGGGGUGCGCGCGAGCCAGUGACUGCAGUCGUCGACGGGUAGCGCGGGUGCGCCAAAGUAGUCGCGAUUGACAGCUGGCUGAAGCACGUCCGAGGGGAGGUGGCCGGUCGUUCGCCGAGUACCCCGCGAGUGUCGGGGUGGCAUCAGUUGCGACGUACGGUUACCCGAGUGGCGGCGGAGGAGGAGGUGCUGGAGCUGGGGGCGAACUCGGCUCGUCGGCUGCGGCAUUAGUAUCGGCGCCGACUGCGGGGCCAACAGCAGCGCCAGCGGCAGCGGGAUCGCAAGCAGCAGCUGGGGCAGCCGCGGCGCCGAGGGGGGUGAUGAGCUGCUCCGAGGUUAUGUAUCAAUACUGCCCGUACCUCUACCAGAGGCCAGCGCCGCCCCAUCCACACGCGGCCCCCCACCCGUCCGUCGCUCACGCCGGCAAUCAUCCCCACGCGGCCCACCACAGCCCUGCAAGGCCCGCGCCCUUUCAGCCCUUCUCCACUGCCGUGCCCACUCAUCAGUACGACAGGAUCAAUGUCAACCAGCGACUGGAGACAUCGGGUUUGGAGUUAUGCGGUGCCAGUCCAGCCGUCGGCGGAGCCACAGCAGCGUCAAGUGCAGCAGCGGCAGCUGCAGCAACAACCGGAGUUGUUCCUCAGGGUCAGUCAAGUAGCGCAGGAUCCAUAGGUUCGGCACCUAGUCCUGCUUCACCAAGACCUGCCGCACCACAGCAUCGACCGCCACUUACCACAUCCGCACAGUCGUCACGGAACCUUGAUGAUGAUAGGUCCACCGAUGCGAUCGGCGGCAACGCUGGCGCGGACGAUUCAGACGACAGCGAAAGUAGAGCUCAAUACGUUAGUGCGAAUUGCGUAGUUUUUACUCAUUACCGAGGCGACGCAGCGUCGGAAGUCGAGGAACACUUCCAACGAGCGUUAGCUCAAGACAAAUUGAAAGACAAUAGUAAUCCCAUGAACACGAGAAACUUCCCGCCAUCGUUUUGGAAAAGCCACCCCGACGUGUACGAUUACGCAGAUCCUUGGCAUUAUACUCAACAUUAUCCUCGGGCGAUGCACGAGUACCAUCACCACCACCACAACAUGGCGGCAGCAGCAAGCUACAACAGCUUACUUCUGAAUCGCAGUUUGAGCGCACAUCCAAGCUCGCACCCGGGCGUGGCGGCGCAUCACGCUCACACGGCCGCCACCUACAAGGACUGGACGACGGCGACGCCGUCGCAAUCCCUCGUCGACGCAUCUUCCGCGCCACCCUACCCCCACGGCCCGUACGCGCCCCUAUCGAGCGACUACUGGACGUGAAAGCUCCUCCUCCUGAUUCCAUGCCUCAACCUUCGAUUCCGCAUUCACAUCCAGCUCGUAUUCUAUUAAUGCGCUGCUCGCGUGCAUGUGUACGAAAACUUAGCGUAGUACACGUACGCACACUGUUGGCGCUCAAGCGAUUACUAGUCAUGUCGCUUAUUAUUACCAGCAGCUUCCACCCCCUCAUCAAUUCACUCACAAGCUUCGUCGUACCUACGCCAACUUUGUCAUUCGGUCGUUACAUAUGUAAAUACAUAAUAGAGUCGUCGCGAGAUGUAUUAUUUGUUUUGUCCAUGGUUCUUUUAAACUUCUUGAGAGGAUUAAAAAUACAAGUUAACAAUAUCAUUAUCUUUUACUCAUCGACGGACAAUAUUUUGUUUUACUUAGUGUUCACGCCCGACAAUAUUUAUAUGUGAGUAACGAAGCCUUUGCUAAUUAUACAUUCAUUAUUGUACAUCUAUCACGCUCUACAACUAUACAAGUAAGCAGCUAUCGAGAGAACAAAAUCAAACCUUAAAUGUUGUUUCUCCUCGCCGCGGUAACUGUCUUGACACAGCGGGUAUCGAGUUAGAGUGGAAUUUCCCGAUAAAUUCAAAUUAACUAUUUUUUGCGAGUUCUGAAUCAACGUUGAAUAAUAUUUGACGAUUGUCAUUAAAAAUCGAGAUCUUCGAAUUCAAUCAAGAUAGUCUCGACAAACUCAAACGAGCACGUGCUGAAUAUAUGUAUAUCACGUCGCGAUGCUCAAACGAAACUCAUCACUCUACAUUAAUGGAAUCUCGCGCGUAAUAAGACGCCAGAACAAGCCACUAGUUAGGGAAAAUAAAUUAAAUUAUUACAAUACUCAAGAUGUACACGUAAACUAUCAUGUAAAACGAUCUUUCGUUCGCGCGCGCGAGUUGUCUACUUGGUAGCGCCAUGUAGGGCGCGCGCGGCAAAAGAAAUUUUAACGUCGAUCGAUAAUUCAUCGUGUUGAAUUUUCACACGACUAUCCAAAAUAAUACCGAGCGUAGAAAGUAAUACCAAAUGUAUAUGUAUGACAAUGAUUUAGUAAGAGUCUUAUUGUGAUUUGCGAUUUUUUUUCUACGUUAUCGACGCCUGACACGGCGAUUACGCAAUGUGCGAACUUUCGGAUUUGGUGGGUAAAACUGGAUAUUUUAAUAAGACUUCUUUUAAUUUAUCUCUCGAAUUUCAUAGCACAUCUGUUGAUUUGUUCCGGUGAUAGCGAUUGCCGACAGUUUACUUACUUGGUUAAAUUAUUUUGUUAAUUUUAAAUUACUUAAAUUGAGUUUAUUGGUGAUAUGAAAGCUGAUUUACAUUAUUAUGUUGAGAUUUAUAUGGAAUACUGAAAAAUACUGACUUUCGAAAUUUUUAUUGAAAUGAUUUAUUUGGCACGAGACAAUGAAUCCGUGAUUCAUCAAUUUAUCACAAGCGAACAGAAAGAAACAUUCAAUUAAAAUUAUUCUAACAUUAAUUUUAGUCUAUAAUCGUGGAGACUCAUUAUUAUUUCGUCUACAUUAAUUGCGUCUUAAAAAUGCGUAAUUCUAAACGGAAUAUUUCAAAUACGAUUCUUCGGAGGAAUAAACUUUGUAAUUGUUAAUCGACUGAAUGCGUGUUUCAAUUACUAGUAGAAAAGAAUUCACGUACUCUCGCGUGUGACUAAUUCUGUUACACCAUGAAUAUAUGUCCUAAUGGAUUGAAAUAAAAUACAUACGAUGUAUUUAUCAUGUAGAAUCAAAAAGUUGUUCUGCCUCUAAAUGUAUCUGCCGAUACGGCCUGAAAAAAGUUUUAAGUUUUGUGCUAUUAUACGACGAAGUAGCAAGUAUUUGAUAUUGUAUUAGCGAUAUUUUAUCUCUAUACGUUUGUACAGUCAUUAGUAACAUUAUAGUAAAACAAAUAAUGUAUUAAAAAUUUCAUUAAUAAUCCGCGUUCAUCAUUGUAUUUGUAAGAGUCUAUCUCAUAAGAUGCAGAUGGGGCAAGCUCAAAUUGUAAAUAUAAAUCGUAAUAAAUGUGCUUUCG